CCCUCAAGCCAAUGGCGAUGCCCGUUGCUUGAAUCCGGCCCGCCUGGGCGAGCCAUCUUGCUGCUCGCUCUGCAGACCGCUGAGCUGUACAUUCUCGGUCCGAAGGGAAGGGGAGCAGCCAUGCCGCACUAUCAGACCUGGGAGGAGUUCACCCGCGCGGCCGAGAAACUCUACAUGUCCGACCCCAUGAAGGUAAAGGAGAAGCGAGGAGGCUCGCAAGCUUUUGCUGAAGAGGCUGCGGGGGGGGGGAGUGUCUGGUCGGAUGUCUCGCCCACAAGGUCUGCCAGGAUCUUGUGAUACCUAAUAGCUCCUAGCUUUGAUUUACAUCUAUUAUAGGCGCGCCGGUCUGACUAAAACGUCCAGAGCUCGUAGUUGUGAUCCUGAAAGUCUUCACGUGGUUUAUUUUUUAAGGUUCUUUCCUUUGAAUUCGUUUGUGAAAUUGUUUUGGCUCUCACCCCGGGUUUGGGGGAAAGAAGCAUUUUUUAAAUGGCUGUAGGAAAAUAUCCCUCGGAUAGUGGUUUCCAUAUAAGAUGGCGUUGUAAGCAUUCAUGCGAACUUCGCCCAGUCACAUUCUUCCAGUUCGAGAAGCUGGUCUAGAUUUGGGAAGGUAUUGUGAGCAGAUAGGGAAAUGUGUGACUCAAUGGUGUGCAUUCCUUUUAGGAAUCAAAGGACACCUAAGGUAAAUGGGUUUGGGCAAACGGGUUAGUAAAAUGAAUGAAAGGGCUACUAAUCCCUGCAGAGCUAUUUUCACAGCUGGACUGAAAAACUAUGCUUCUGUGCUUUUGAGUGCGAAGAUGACAGCCAUUUAUUCACCCAUAAGAUGUUGCUUCUUUCAUUUCAGGUGCGUGUGGUACUGAAAUAUCGGCACUGCGAUGGUAAUCUGUGCAUUAAAGUAACAGAUGAUGUAGUUGUAAGUAAAGCUCCUGCAGUUUAUUGAUUUGGGCAGGCUGGGAAAUGUUUGGGGCAUCUGCCAAAGUUGACCCGUGGGGGUGGGGAGAUAAAGAUCUGGCCCUUUGGGCCAAAAGCAAUCCCUAAGCUAAAUUAUUUGGAUGAAUAGUCUCUAAUAUAUUCAGCUGAAAACUGCAUGUGGUGGUUUUUGCAGCAAAACAGGUGGUACUUUAUCAGUUCCUCCAUUGGUCUAUGCAAAUCUCACUUCCUAUCUUGAGCUUAUUUCCUUCUGGUUUGCAUCAUCCCUUGUAUGUAGGGGGUGGGGCUAAUGAGGAAGGUUGCUACACAGGCAAAUGGUGAGAUGAAGAGUUAAGCAGCCUCUGCCUGCUUGACAUUCCUCCACUGAAAGUAGAUGCAGACUAUCUGCUUACUAAAUGUUUAGUGCUCUGGUCCAUGGGGUCACAAAGAGUUGGACACGACCAAAUGACUGAACAACAAACAAUGCAUUUGGAUGCCUCCUAUGUUAUCAUAACAAAAAUAGGCUUGAUGGUACCUGAGCUCAAGGAGCAAUUUUUCAUCUAUAUUUGGAUAUUAUUCAAAGCCAUUUUGAAUCACAAUUGUAGAACAUUUCAAAACAGCACUACACUGAUUUUGACCGCUGAUUUUAGAACUACAUUUGUGUGUGUGUGGAGGUGGUGUUUCUUAGAAUUCCUGAACAACACUGGCAUCUAAUAUUUAAAAAGUUGGUAGAUUAUUGGGGCAUCUCCUAUUGUAUAUCAAAGUUUACCCUAAAUGCUCAAUGGAGAAAUUAUUUUAUCAUCUUGAAUGCCUUCAAACCAUUUCCUUAAGUCUUCCAUAUAGGGGUAUGCCUAUGGGACUAUUUAUUUUUAUUUAUUGUAAAUAAUGAUAAUAAUAAUAUGUCCCCAGUCACAUUUAUAUCCCACCUUUUUCUCCAUAGAACUCAAGAUGGUGUAAAUGGUUUUCUCACUCCUCAUUUAAUCCCCACAGCAACCCUGUGGGGUUGGUUAGGCUGAGAGGCAGUGAUUGGCCCAAGGUCACCUAGUGAGCUUCAUGGCUGAGUGGGGAUUUGAACCCUGAUCUCACAGAUCCUCAUCUGACCCUCUAACCACUACACCACAGUAGGUGGGACAUUAAGCUUUCAGAAAAAAGCAUUGCACUUUAAAAUUUGGAAAUAGUGAAAUAUUAAUCUCGGACUCAACAACAUACAUUUAUUAAAAAAAACUACUAAAACUUCAGCACAUAAUUAGAAAUGACUUUAACAGUAGUGGACAAAUGUAAUUCCUGUGUAUUCUAUAUGUAAAGCUCUUUGAGUUUACUCAAAGAAUGCUAAAACAGUUAGGCAUUACGGUCCAUAGGAUGGCCAGUUCUAGUUCUUUGUUAGCUUUUUAUUGAAGGGCGUAUGAAAAAUCCUUUGUAUGUCCCAUGUAGUCCAGCUUUUACUUUGUAACAGUGGCAAGCCAGAUGUGUCUGAAACUCACAAAUCAAGGUGAUGGCUAUUUCUGUUUGACCCAAUCAUCUGGUACUUGCUAUCCUGGCUAGCAGGCUAGCUGUUACGCCGCUCCUUUGAAAUCUAUCAUUGUAGUGCAGCACCAAGCUGUUGUUGUUGUUGUCAUCGUCUUUGAAGAACUGAACAGAAAUGAGAAUCUGCUUUGUUUCAGAAAAAUUGAAUAAAAUGAAAUUGUGAUGUUUAUUGUAUCUGCAAAACGUGCUAAAUCAGCUCUUUUUGCACCUGUAUAAAACCAAGGGAUAUUGUUUUAGAAACAAUAAUAUCUGGUCCCCCUUUAAGACUUUCCAGAACCUGCUGUGUUCACAAGUCCAGUUUUAACAAACUGGUUCUGUUCUAGUUUUACUGUUAGCUUUUCAGAAUUUGUUAGCUGGUUCUAAAUAAAUUUGUUGGCUUCACCACAAAAUAUUGCAGAACUUAGAUCUGAAUAAAGUUGUAUCACACUGCAUAGUUAACCUGCUUUUAAAAGAAGUGUUGUCUUUUAAUAAAAAACGGGUCAGAAAUUCAGAAUACAGUAUUUUGGUGAAAUAAUUCUCUUGUGGAAGAAAUGGAAAUAUUUUUUUCCUGCCAACAUUAUGAGUCUGGAAUGCCUCAUGUUGCAUGCUCAUUGGCCCAUAUCUGAAGGCAAACAGAUGUGUCUCAGGCUAAGACUUCAGGCAAAUAAGAAAAUAAAGGUAUGUUUUUUGGAGAAAGAUUCUACACAGUUAUAUUUAAUAUUUACUUCCACUCAAUAAAUAGUGUUUAAGGUUGGAGUCAUGGUUCAGGUAGCUAACCUUAGCCAGCUUUCUUAACUUCCCUGUAAGCACUGUGAUAAUAAUAAUAAUAAUAAAUUUUAUUUAUAUCCCGCCCUCCCCAGCCAAACUGGGCUCUAACAUCAAAGUAGUUGCCCUUUUCACAGGCUAGGAAUGUAGGAAAAUGUAAGAAUAAGGGCAUAUUUUAAAGGACAGCUUUUUAAAAAGUGUCCUUAUGCUCUAUUUCAGCUAUAAUACGCUAUCUAAUACCUAAGCUACAACUUCUCUACACACUUACUUGUGAGAAAGCCUCAUUAAACUUGGUAGGGCUUCUAGGUAAAUCUGCACUUCAUUGGGUUGCACGUGUUGUUUGAGAAGUGUGUUUCUAACAGUGUGGAUGAGUAACUGUGUUUGACAUUACCAUCCUUGCAACAACUUAAGUGAAAGGUAUUUUCUGUCCUUAAGAGUACCAUGCAUUGUAAACCAAAAUUGGACUGUGGAAAAAGUUGUGUGUUCUCAAAAUACAGUAGCACAAAUUUCAAAACAAAUGUUGUUCAAUAUAGCACAAUAUCUUUUAUUUCUGGUGCAACAUUAUCUAAAAAGCAUCUUCUUGAUGUCUUGGGUAAAUCAAAAUUAAAGUUAUCAUUCUCUCCCUCACCCUUUUUUCUUUCAGUGUCUGCUCUAUAGGACAGACCAGGCUCAAGAUGUAAAGAAGAUAGAGAAAUUCCACAGUCAACUAAUGCGACUCAUGGUAGCCAAAGAAUCCCGCAGUGUUGUCAUGGAAACAGACUGAAUAGCUGGAAAUAAAAUGAAUGCUCCAGUCAUAUUUCACAGGAGGAAAAUAUCACUGGAUUUGGGCAGAUUUUUCGACAGAAGUGUGGCAUAAAGUGGAUUGUAAAGGGGGUUUUGUAAGGAUUUUCAGGCUCCACUUCAGAGUGGUGAGAGGACUAUAUGCUUUCAUUUGAAAGCCUCUAUUUAUUUUUUUAAUUUGAGCAAAAGAGUAUAUCCUCUGCUGGAAAUACUGAAGGUUAAAAUAUGUUAGGGUAGAUUUGUACGUUUUCUUUUGUAAAUCUCAGCACUCUGCUUAAAAAUAAAUGGGAGGAAGCAGGUGUGCUUCUCUGAGGGGACUUCAAGAUGCUAUCAUAGAGGAGUUUUUGCUUGUUCUUAAUGAAUUUUAUGUUGCUGUGUUGGCUAAAGUGAGAAGAACAAUGAAUUACUAAUGUAGAAAUGGGGUGUGAUAAGCCUUUAUGUAUGGAUAUAUUGAGUUAGCGAUAGCAUCUUCCAAAACUGAUUAAAAUUGCCAAAAUAAAUAGUUGGCAAUACAGCUAAGCCUGUGUAUAAACAUUUUAUGGAUCUGAAAAACUGAUACUGGCCUGAAAAUCAUCAAUAUAUAUCGACUACUUAGUUGUUAUCUAAAAUUUGAUAAGGAAUAAACUUUUGUUCAUGACAGGCAAGUGUUCACAGAAACAGAUUCAGGACUUUAUUUGGAGUGUCUUAUUCUGGAUUUGCCCAAUGUGGUUUGUUGCAGCUAAAACAUCUGUACAAGUUUUUAAAAUAUCCUUUACCACAUUGCUUUCACUUUUUAAGCUUUAAAUGUUUCUGUUAUAAAGGUAUCAUAAUCACCAAACACUAAAAUUGGUGCUACAGUAUGAGUGGUAUUACAUAUUGUUAAAUACAGCAGUUGAGAGAGGGAAAGCUUAGCUACUACAUAAAUUGUAUGUAUGUAUGUACUUAGUGUCAAAUCAUAACUGUUUUCAUGAUGCCUCUUCUCCAAGAAAGCAGUCUUUUCAUAUUGUCCUCAUAUGCUAUAGAAACCAUUACAAGGGGGUGUUGGUUACACAAGUAUGCUUCAUACAGCAUGGUGAUUUGUCUGAUGCCACUUCAGGUGCUGAUAUGAGAUCAGCAAAAUAAAAUACUUGCCAGUACC